AUGUGCUCAAUACCUGCAAAAACGUACGUUAACAUUUAUGGAAGUUCCAAAAACAAUAUAUGCAAAAUAGUACUACUAAACAAUUGUGGAGAUAAUAUUUGCCAUUAUCUGAAAUAUAAAACUGAUUUUUGCUGCAACAAGGCCUCAAAAAAGUGUGGCAUAUUAGUAGAAGUUUCAGAGUAUUGGGAUAUGCUAAGGAGUAUAAGGUAUGAUGGCACCCCUAGAGUAGAAACUCAUCCAGUAAUAACUGCUCGUGAAAUGAAAGGUGCAAGUGAGGUAUCAAGUCUGAUUUCCUUGUUACAACUAAAUGACAAAAACGAAGGUGCAAAACCCGGCUCAGAAGAGAUGAAGUUUGUCUGGAAUAAUAAGGAUACAACAGCUAUUUUGCCACUUUCUAGUAGACAGAUUAGUUCAAAUACCAACAAAAAUGAUCUGAGUAUAACAGAAGGAUUCAGCUUGCAUAUACCAGUGAUCUCUCAUAUACACAUGCUAAUUCACAAAUAUACAAAGGAUAAGGUAAACUAA